ACCUACGGGCGCUGCGAAGAAAAGCGGCUGUGGCUUCAGUUGUUCCUCAUUUGGGGCUUGUUCACGGUCAGUACCGGCUCCUAGCUCGUUUCUUCCCCGGUUUGUGUCGGAAUCUGCGCUCAGAGACAACAGCAUGGAUAAACUCUCCGUUUUAACGGUAACUCUUAGCCUGGUUGUAGUUAUGAGUCAGGUGAACUGCACGUCCCCCACAACGAAGAGAGUCACUAAAGCGCAGAUUCUGGGUUUUGACUGGAAGAACUGUGGGCAGCCAGAUGCUCCAGCUGUUCUGAAGACCCUGAAUGUGUCUCCAGACCCGAUCUCCAUCCCAGGAGACCUGACGGCCUCCGCCUCUGGAUCCACAUCUGUUGAGCUGAGCGCCCCCCUGUCUUUGAACGUGACCCUGGAGAAGGAGGUGGCAGGUUUCUGGGUGAAGGUCCCGUGUGUGGAGGAGUUGGGCAGUUGUCACUAUCCGGACGCUUGUGAUAUUCUGAACCAGCUGAUCCCCCCCGGUCAGGACUGUCCUGAACCGCUGCACACCUACGGGCUGCCCUGCCACUGCCCCUUCAAGGCUGGCUCGUACUCUCUGCCUCAGUCGGACUUCUACCUGCCCAACAUGGACCUGCCCUACUGGCUGACGAACGGGAACUACCGUGUGCAGGGCGUCCUGGGCAGCCAGGACAAAGAGCUGGGCUGCGUCAAAGUGGCUCUGUCCCUUCACUCCAGCUAAAACCAACAGGAACGAACCGGCAGGAGGUUUCGGGGGUUCGUUUACUUGCACAGAACAAAGAUUGAAAAUUGGGAAACAAAAGCAGACGUUGCACAAAGUUCCGAGUGUGAUAAACCUCACAGGGGUCGAUGAGAAGUUUUGAUGUCAGACGACAGCGAGGAAAGAACAUUUCAUAUUUCUACAUACAUUAGCAGCUGUAGCUGUCAGUUUAGCUGCUUCCUGCGUCUCUGCUGCCGACACUUCACUGUCAGCUGUGGCUGCUUUGCAUGAAAGUGCAGCUUUUCCCCUCCAGCAUUUAUUCUGUUCUAUAUGCACAUUAACUGCUUCACUUUACCCGCUGCAGCCAAUCACGGUGCCAUAAAAUGAUGAGUGGCGAAAGUGAAAAUGACAAGUGCUUCUUAACUGGCAGAUGAGAAUUUCCCAUUAGUUUAAUUUUGUUCUCUAAAAACUGAGGCGCCAGAAAAAAGUUAUGCAUAGUUUUGAGGAAAAGUAGGAAAAAUGUCCCUUUUGACAUUUGACUGUGACCUCAAAAACUUUUUUUUUUUAUGGCCUUCAGUCUCUUCUGCAGGAAGUUGCACAGAUUUUUAAAUCACGAUCAAAAAAUGAUUUUUUUUAAUAGUCCCAGUGAGAGUUUCUGUGGUUGUGAUGUGGAUGUGUGUGAAGCUGAAGCCCAGAGGAGCCGCAGGUGUCUCUCACAGGGAAAUGUUGUCACUUCAUGUCGACACUUUGAGAAACAGGAAGAAAAUCUGAGAGCUGCUCUCAAAAACCUUUAUUCAUCCAGCAAAAACAGACAGAAAAGUGCUUUUUUUUCCAGCUUGACUCUGUUUUCCUGUCGCCUGUUGGAUCAGUGGGGGUUGACAGGCUUGGCAUGAGGCUGUUGAGGGAAGAGAAACAGAUUUGAACCCACAACUUGUCGGUCGUGAGCAUCUUUCUGUUGGCAGCACUGCGACACUCAUUCAGGGAAGUCGACCAAAAGUACGAGAGCCUGCUGGACUCAUAAUUCCCGCUAGAUCAAUCAUCACAUGUUGAUUACUCUUCAUCGUUUUUCAAGCUCAUACUGAACUGAUGCAGGCGACUAAAAUCCAAUGUGAUUGAACAGAAAACCUGAACUAGAAACCCUAAAAAGAAAAAUAAGAAUAGUUGUUGGAAGUGAAAUCAGCAUUUUUUUCUCAGUGUUUCAGAUAUUUUUCAUCUGACGUCAGAUGUGUCAAAGAAAUGAAAGUUUUUUGGAGGUGAAUUCAGUUCUUUGGUGAUGAAAUGUUCUUUUUGACCUGUUCUGCAGUAAUGAUGAAUAAUGUUUUUCCUGCGUGUGAUGCCGGGAUUUGUUUUUUAAGUGCUCUCGGUUCUUUACUUCAAUCAUUCUUUAAAAAUGGGGAAGUCUGAAAACGUAGCAGCAGAAGCUCUGCUGGGAAUUAAGCAGCGUUCAUCUGCCUCAUUAAUGUAAUCUAACUGAUAGCAGCCACUGUAUGAGAGAUGUUAUUUGUUUUUUUAAUCGUUUUUUUGAUCUUAUUAUUCUGUUUAUUUUGACCGAGUGCCUGAUUAGAUCUUUGGGAGGAAGUCCUGCAUUUACAAUUAAGAGUGAAAUGAAUAAAAGAAGAAAUGAAAUCAUGAAACAUGUGCAGAGAGAACUGCUGAGGUUUAUUAGAUAAUUCUUGCCGAAAUGUUUUGUUUUCUACAGUGUUGAUGACAAUGACGGGAUCAGUGUCUGCACAGUUUUUAAUAAACAUUGUUCCGUUA